CUCAGACGCGGCCGGCUCUCAGCAGGAAGAACCUGCCCUGCUCUGUCCUCCUCCUCCCGUCCUGGUCCGCCACCGUGGCUUUCCGCCGCGACCGUGCGUCUGGGCUCCGUCGGCCGUGUCGCCCAACUGAGCCCAGACAGGAAGCUGUGUUUGGAAUAGCCCCGCCCCCUCCCACUCCCUUACGGCGGGCGGCCCACCCACAUGCACGGCACCAUGGGUAGCUCCCCUGAGGUACUCUCCUGGACCUCCUGCCCCAGCCUGUUGGUGGGGAAGCUGAAGGAAGAGCUGAAGCUGACCGUGGUGGGGGAUGCCAUGAAGAAGGCGGGCUCAGGUGGGGGUGCCCAGACCCAGACCCAAACCCAGACCCCAAACCCAACCCCGGCUCCACCGCAGAUCAUCGCCGAUCUUGUACCGCCAGUUUUGCCACCCCCACCCUCGCCAGUGCCUGCUGCCCCCAUCACGCUGCUGCAGCCGCCUGGUCCGGAGGAGGAGGCGGCAGGGCUGGGGGGCGGCAGCCCGCCGGCCUUGGCGCUCAGCGAGGACUCGUCCCGCGAGCAGAGGCACUUCGACAACAGCGUGCUGCAGCUGCGUGAGCAGGAGGAUGGAGAGUCGCCCGGCGGGGACUGCGGAGAUGCCGACGGGAUGGGCGAUGGUGCUAGCGAGGGCGGGCACCCGGAUGGUCACCAUGGCGACGGGGCCGGCCACCACCCUCGGGAAGACAUCAAGCUGCACUUCCAGAGGGCGGGCGGCGGCGGUAACGGGGGCAGCGGCUUCCUAGAGGGGCUCUUUGGCUGCCUGCGGCCUGUGUGGAACAUCAUCGGGAAGACCUACUCCACCGACUACAAGCUACAGCAGCAGGACAUGUGGGAGGUCCCAUUUGAGGAGAUCUCAGAGCUGCAGUGGCUGGGCAGCGGGGCACAGGGGGCGGUCUUCCUGGGGAAGUUCCACUCCGAGGAGGUGGCCAUCAAGAAAGUGCGCGAGCAGAAGGAGACGGACAUCAAGCACCUGCGAAAACUCAAGCACCCCAACAUCAUCAGCUUCAAGGGCGUGUGCACCCAGGCUCCAUGCUACUGCAUCAUCAUGGAGUACUGUGCCCAGGGCCAGCUGUACGAGGUGCUGAGAGCGGGCCGCAAGAUCACCCCCCGCCUCCUGGUGGACUGGGCCUCAGGGAUCGCCAGUGGCAUGAACUACCUGCACCUCCACAAGAUCAUCCACAGAGACCUCAAAUCCCCAAACGUACUGGUCACCCACAACGACACUGUGAAAAUCUCAGACUUCGGGACCUCCAAAGAGCUCAGUGACAAGAGCACCAAGAUGUCCUUUGCGGGGACGGUGGCCUGGAUGGCACCGGAGGUGAUCCGCAACGAACCGGUGUCCGAGAAGGUGGACAUCUGGUCAUUCGGGGUGGUGCUGUGGGAGCUCCUGACAGGGGAGAUUCCAUACAAGGACGUGGACUCCUCAGCCAUCAUCUGGGGUGUGGGCAGUAACAGCCUGCAUCUCCCAGUACCCUCCACGUGCCCUGAUGGCUUCAAGAUCCUCAUGAAGCAGACCUGGCAGGGGAAGCCCAGAAACCGACCCUCCUUUCGGCAGAUCCUUCUGCACCUCGACAUUGCUUCUGCCGACGUGCUUGGGGCACCUCAGGAGACGUACUUCAAGUCCCAGGCUGAAUGGAGAGAGGAAGUAAAAAAACACUUUGAGAAGAUCAAGAGUGAGGGCACGUGUAUCCACCGGCUGGAUGAGGAGCUGAUUCGGCGGCGGCGGGACGAACUCCGACACGCGCUGGACAUCCGGGAGCACUAUGAGAAGAAGCUGGAGAGGGCCAAUAACUUGUACAUGGAGCUGAGUGCCAUCAUGCUGCAGCUGGAAGUCCGCGAGAAGGAGCUAAUGAAGAGAGAACAGGCAGUGGAGAAAAAGUAUCCUGGAACAUACAAACGGCACCUGGUUCGGCCCAUCGUGAGGACCAACGCUGUGGAGAAGCUAAUCAAGAAAAAAGGCAGCGUGUCCCAUAAGACAGGGGUCCAAACAGCCAAAAGGCCGGAUCUGCUUCGCUCUGACGGAAUAUCCAGUGUGGAGACGCUUCCCUCCCCCUCACCGCUGUCAGGCAGCCCCCGCAUGUCCACUCCUCCGGGCAAGGCCAGGUAUCGCAGCAAGCCUCGACACCGGCGUGCCAACAGUAAGGGCAGCCACAGCGAGAUCUCGGUGGUCUUGCGGGGCGGAGCCUUGGCCCCAGAGGAACAGCAGCCCCUGCAGGCCCCGGCUGAGGGACCCCGUCUGCCUCUGCCGGGCCGCGAGGACGCCGCAGCCAACUGCGCCAACAACCUGCGCUACUUCGGCCCGGCGGCUGCCCUGCGCAGCCCGUGCUCAGACCACCCGCGCCAGCGCAUCGCCGGCUCCGGGCCUGACCUGCUCUCCACCACCGCGGAGGCCGACUCAGGGCGCCAGGGCCCCAGCACUGGGCCUCUGUGUCCACGUUGCCAGACACACCCCUUCCCUGGCUGCUCGCACUGCCCCGGUGCGACCUCCUUCCCCAGCCACCCCCGGCUGCCCCACUAUUCCCUGCUGAGCACUGGUGAGGGGUCUCCCCCGGCUACCCCUGGCAGCCACGCCCCCACGACAGCCCCCGAGCAUGAACCCCGGGAUGAGGGAGUGCGGCAGGAGCCAGAGUCCCCCAGGAACCGCUCGCCCCUGGGACUGCCCCGCACUCUGAGGCCCCUCAGGAAGGGCAGCGACGAGUCUUCCGAAGAAGAGGAGGGGGAGGUGGACAGCGAGGUGGAGUUUCCACGGAGACAGAGGCCUCACCGCUGCAUGAGCAGCUUCCAGUCCUACUCCACCUUCAGCUCGGAGAACCUGUCGGUGUCGGACGGCGAGGAGGGCAACACCAGCGACCACUCGCACAGCGGGCCCUUGGAGCAGCUCAGCGGCAGUCAGGAGGAGCAGCUGGACGAGCUGCUGUCGCAGACCCCCGACAUCCCCAUCGACAUCUCCAACCAGUCCGACGGCCUCUCUGACAAGGAAUGCGCCGUCCGCCGGGUCAAGACCCAGAUCUCCCUGGGCAAGCUGUGUGCCGACGAGCACAGCUAUGAGAACCCGCUACACUUCAGGGAGUCGGACUGCGACUCCUCCGAAGCUGAGUGCUCCGACUGCACCGUGAGGAACAACAAGCCCAGCGGCACCUCCACCUGGUGAGAGCCCCGGUGUGGACAAGCCUCGCCAGUCCCCGCCGGAGAGCACCCCCCCUCCCCCCCAACUCCUACAGAUAAACGGCAAUAAGAGGAAGCUGUCAUCCCCUGGCAAGGACUGCUACUCCUUCACUCUGCAGCCCAAAGCAGGGACCCCCAUUUGUUAAUAACACUGUAGUUAGUGUAACAUUCACAGUAUAUUUUUGAGUUGAAUUAUGAAAAACAACAAAAGGACACUGUUUAAAAAAAAAGAAGAGAAGAGAAACUGUAACCAAACUUUGUAUAGCGUGGAGUAUGUUUGCUGAGAAUGCAGCGUGGUUCGGGUCAGCUGACCCGGCAGGGUGGUGUGUCUGUGAUGAUAUCACUGGGUCUGGGGUCCCGCCCCCGCCAUUCACAACCUCCCACUUCGGCCCUCUGACGAGGAGUCGCUGUGCCACCUCAGGACUCGCCUCCGCCUGACCAGUACAGUGCAGACCAUUCCAGUAUAGGACCAAAGGUGAGCACUUACAAACACCCCCCCUCCCCCCUUCGUUAGCCAGCGCUGUCCUCUCAACCAGGAAUUACCUGCCAGUUAUCAUUUUGUGGGUUUGCAGAGUCCCUCUCCAGGAGGAAGGUUGGGUUGGGGGGCGUACAGUGCGGCUUGAACACCAGCAUGAACUACCCCCUCCUGGCCAAACCGCUCCCAGCGGAACCUUCCAGACUUCUCGCCCCAGCAUGUCUGCUCAGCCUGUGAUGCUAGACUACCUAAAGAGCAUGUGUCCUGUUGUCAGGGAAACGGAUAAGCAGAUUCAGAUCCAGCGUGUAUUUAAAGGAACAAACAAACCGCUGUUUCACCUAGCUGAGCUUAAAUAGGCCGGAUCAAAGGAAAGCCUUUUGCCUUUGCUGCUGUCUAGUACGCUUGUUAUUCUGUGAAGGUACCUGUUUUUGGGGGAACGUGAACAAAAACCAAACCAGUGUUUUAAUUUCUCUCCAUCCACACUUCCCUGAUCCCCUGCUUGUUGAUCUUCUCUGUAUGUGAUCAGAUCGGGACUCUUAUUGAUCCUCCGGUCGUGACCUAGUUCUGGAAGAAGAGCGUUGCUUUAUUCAGUGUUUGAACAAAAUUCGGUCUAAACUAAGCUUCUUUUCAAGAUGCGGUACCAGUUAUCCUGGAACCCUGUCCUUCUGCCUUGUCUCAUUCCGUUCUGCGCAGAGGUAAUGUUUUGUUUGUGUGCAUCCAGGGAGUGACCAGGACAGGUGCCCUCAUGUGUGUUUGUGUGGGUCAUGGGCAUCAGAGAGCAAUAAUGUAGCUCCGGCUUGGACUGGGGGUCGCUGGGGGUCGCACGCUCAGGGCUGUCUAGCAGGCUGGACAGACGCAUCGUCGAUUUUAUUGGAGACGAGUGACGAGCAGCUCUUUAUUUAAUACUUUUUAUUUGUUGGACUUAAUGUGAGGCAACGCUUCCGUUUGCCUUUCAGAUGCUCAGGUGUCCGACGACUGCUUUUCGCGGGGGAGCCCGCAGUGUCUGACGGUCCACCGAACAGUGACGUUCUUCUGGGCUCUCAUUGCACUAUCGCCAUCAGCUACGGUCUGAAGUUAAGGUUCAGAGCCUGCGCUCGAUCGGGAUAAUUUCCGUUUGUCUUGUUUUUUUUUCCCCGGUACUGCCCCCGGCUUUCUGUUUAUCGAGGAAGGGGUACUGCAUCUUCCCCUUGACCACCGUCAUCAUGUCUGUGUUCCUCUUCGCUCCUGUAAGCAUCUGUAGUAUUGAGGUCGUCCGCAGCCAGUCAGAACUAAAGGAAAGGCGUCAGGAGCCCGCAGAUGUGAGGAGAAGGAUUGCGAGUUGCCAUUAUGGCUAAAUCCAUCACUCGUAUUUCCUGCCAGUUCCUCGCCUCUGCAAUCUUCUCGGACUUGUGGGUUACGUCUUUUUCACGGCAAGGAUUUGUUGGCAUGAACAAAGCCAUGGGAAGCAAACUUUGAUUCUGUGAGCUGCAGUAUGGACACCCACAGUCCCCCUCUGUGUUAUAGCACGGGAAAACCUACGUGCUGAUAUUUAUCACCAACAGCUACAACUUGUAUCUUGUGACUUGCAACAAGGGCUAGCUGGCCGCUAAGUCCUCCCCCUACCUCCUUAUCACCCCCCCCGUUGAGUGACUGAUUUGGUGAGCUGAACAGUGGGUGGUGUCUUGUUAAGAAUGAUUGUUCUCUGAGUGUGACCUUCUGCUGUGGCAGUAGGGUAUUUGAGGUGUUACCUGAUCCCCCCACCCCCCGCCACUGUUUACAAGGUUUCAAAAGAUUUUUGUUCCAAACCAAUCACUGGAAAAUCAUCAGGUGGUGUUUGGAGUGAAGGACAAUGUAUUAGUGGCGGAAAUGCUGUAACAUCUUGUAAAUUAUGAUUGAUUUUAAUGUGUUCGUUUAAUUUAAGCUUUGUGUUCUUUUUUUUGUAGCUGGCCUACAUGAUCAUUAAAUUAAUUUAUGUUUUGAUGUAAAAACUGUUUUAUCGUAGAUCAGAAUGUUAAUGUCUGGCAGCUUUUUCCCGCAACCUGUCAGCAGUAAGACUCCAUUCCCGAGUGGAUGAGGCAGGCCUGUUGAGAGUGGAGGCAGGCCUGUUGAGAGUGAACGCAGCUGCUGGUGUUAAUCCGACAGGGCCUGCAAAUCUGCUGCAGCUGGUCCUGGGUGUCUCUCACCCCAGUACGGGUCUCACAUCAGUGAUUGGGGAAUGAAAACGGUGGCUGAUGACCCAGGCCGGCCACUCCCACUCACACACUCAUAAUUAAACUUAGACAGCUUUCUGCUGUUCUGCUUUACUUUAAGCUGAUGCUCAGCUCUGCUCUUCAGGGGCACUGGAUGCUGUACAAGGUCCUCCUCAGUUUGGCUCUUUACUAGCUAGUAUUUGCCUGCUGGAGAAUGAAUGGCAGCAAACGGAUCUAGGCAGAGAUCACACCCCACCUGAGAAUCAAAAGAUGCUGGUGAGGGAUGAAAGCCAGUAAGAUAAUAGGAAAGCCAGUAAGAUAAGGUAGAGCCUGGAUUGUUAUGUUGUGGACUUUCAGGUUUUGGAGAGACCAGAGGUCCCGUUGCCUUGAGCCCCACUAUGGACCUUCAAGGACUCUUCUCUUUAAGUUCUGUCACACAUCCCAGCAGCUGCUUUCACCCAAUUCCUGUCAAAACGUGGGAACUGUCUUGAGGAACUGAUGAACCUACCCCGCCCGGGAGGAUUCUCCUGGCUGUCCCACCCAAUCCGCUCCUCCUGUUGCUCGUCGUAUUCCCCCUUCUCUUACUCCCGAUUGGCUUCCCCAUGAACCAAUCCUGAUAAUAUCCUCUAGUAGCCAGUGUACAGUGCAACGGGGGGAACUAGGAGGAAUAAGAGAAUCAGCAAACAACUGCAUGGAAUAAAAGCUGAUGUACUGUACUGAAAA